AGGAGUGGAAGUUUAAGGAGUAACCGCCGCUUAUCCCGCAGACCCGCAGGUGUCAGCACGCAGCGAGUGAUCAGUGUAGAUGACCGAGACAUCGUAAUGUACUAUGAAAAUCAUUGAAAGACAGCAUCCCUAAGAAGAAACUAUAGCGCCUUGACGACGCUAGAAAGUGUGACCACGACUUUCCGUAAAGUUUAGAACGGCAACCGCAUUUCCCUCUCCCUCUUCUGAGAUCUGUAAUUUACGUAACGUGUCGAGCGAUCCAAGAGUUUUUCCUAUCAGGUCAAGAACUCACACAUCAUCAUGAUCAACAGUGUUGAGAUCGUCACGAGACCGCUGUCGUGAAUCUUUACCAUCACCAUCAACCGCAUCCUCUUUGCAUUCGCCUGUGUCUCUCCCUUCUGUGUCUCCACACACGAACACACCUAGGCACGCUUACUCACUCGUUUAUUCGCUCUUUCGCUUGUUCGCACGCUCAUUCCUUCGCUCACCCACUGGUUCGCUCACAUAUACUCAUACAUGCAUAAGGCGCACACUCGUUGACUACCUGACAAGAACUCGAGCUCGGCCAGUCACGUGGCCACUGAUCGCGAAGGAUGUUUGUGGGACCGCAAAGUCAGUCCGUGGCGGUCGGUCCGUUGAGAAAGAGAGGAUAGAAACGUUAUCGGGUGGAAGAGGAAGAGGGAAAGGACUGAACGGAGGAGGAGAUACUGGAUCGGGGAUACCGCCUGGGGUCUCGGGAUCGUCGCUGUUUUAACUACCUGUCCAAAGGCAUUCGUUGCGCGAUCGUUUCGGCUUAUUCCUCGUAGUUCACCGAAUCAAAGUUUUCAAGUGUUUCUCAAGUGAUUGGUUCCUAUCAUCACGGGAGCAAGAGAAGUCUUGAAAGGAGGCAUCAUUGAUGCGAUCAUGACGUAGGAAUCAAUAGUGUUUUAAUUUAUUUUAGAAAAGGAGAAGGAAUUGCCAAUUUGUGCGUUAGAAAGUGUGGAUUUCGGUGCACUGAAACGUGGAAGACGCGAUGUGACGUCAAGCGAGACUCGGAAGUGACUGCUGAAGACGCGCGAAUGAUGCGAAGACGAAGUGGCUCGAGUCAAAGAAGAUGAUUUUCUUUCAUUCGAAAUAACAAUACAUAAAUUAAAUUAAAUUCUUGGUUCUUCCAACAAAAGUUUUUCUGUUACUUCCUCUGUCCUAUAAUAAAGGAAGAAUAAAAAAGUUUUAUAUAAAGAAAUUUAAUUGCCGAAUUUGUUAAAAAUAAAUUUUGAUACGCUUCAGAAAAAAAAAUAGAAAAGAAGUCCUUUGUCAGGACCAUUGAAUGGUUGGUGCGCACUGUGAAUCGCGGCAUGCGAUAGAAAGUUUACUUACAAAAGGCGGCAAGUCAGGUUGCCUCGUUCGUUCACAAAGAAGCGGGUUCGCCGGAUCUGCUCGUACAUUCUUCAUGGAAGGAAAGCUCGAGCGAUCGAGAUAGAAAGGCGACUAUCGAGGCCGUAACGUCAUCUUGAAGAUCAGCUUCAAUGACAAGCUGAAGAGAGAAAGAGACAGAGAAAGAAAGAAAGGAAAAGGGCGAAAUGCGCGCGAAAUAAAUUCCUGUAUUGAGAAUCGGAAGUGGCUUCUUGAAGUUUUUAAUUGACAUGCACGAGGAAUAUUUUGCGACGUAAUUCUCGCGAUUGUGUGCAAAAUCACAGGUCGAUUCCGCUCAUCGCGAUCGCGAACGAAGAAGUAUUUGAGAAAUUGAAGACAACCGCGCAUGAAGCUAUUAGCGAACGAACGAAGGCACGUUUCGUGGCUCCCACAGAAUUGUAUGCAAAAUCGCGUCGGCGAUAUCGCGAGGCAUCGACGCGAUCGCGACCCGCUUACGAAUAAAGAGGACGAGGCGGACUCGAGGGGAGAAACGAAAGAGAAGAAGCGAAAGAGAAGGAAACGCGGCGAAUCGAGGGUACGCGCAGCAAGAUUGCGGUGAUUUCGCUGGCGCAACAGUGUGUGGAAUCAUGUGGCGACGUUGCACAACAUUCCCGUCAUCUCCGAUCGGCAUUUAAAGCAUGCUCGUCCGUGCGUUUUAAGGAAAUAAGAUAAUUCCAAGAAACGCACGCCUCGCGAAUCAUACCUCCGGGCUGCAAGAUUUUAUACAAAGAUAUCCAACGGCUAUUAUAUUCGUCUCCGACUGACAAUACAUCACAAUAAAAUUGCAAACAACGAAUUCCUAUCCGAAGAAUUUUACGGAUGAUGAAAUACUGCUGAUGCGAGAAAUUUGCCAAGCUCACAAAAUAUGCCUCGCUUGCUGAGUUAUUUACCGCGUUCUUCGAUUCUGUUGGCUUAUAAUAAACACGCAUGCGAUAAGAACGAUAAACGUCGCUUCUUAUCUUGAGAGAAUUUUGAACGAAGCGCAAUCUUUGUCGUUUACGUGCGAGGUGAAGGUACCUCAUGUUACUACUGACAUUUAGUAUUGUGUUUAGUAAUAGUAGUAAUAGCAUAGAUAUUUUGUAUUGACGUAACCACGAGUCAAGAUUGUGCAGUUAGUUGGCUCGAAAAGUAAAAUUCGUUUUUUGCAUACGUAUAAGUAUGUCGUCAUAGAGAAUGAGCAAUCGCUUUGAAGGUUAGAAGGUUUGAAAGACGAGCGGAAUGCAGCUGGCAAGUCAAAGGCCUCAUCCGCCUCCGGUGCCACCUCGACCGAGUCGGCAGGUGGUUGCCGAGGCCCUUAAGAGAUCGCCAAGGCCGCCCUGUCCCACUAGGCAGGCACCACCGCCGCCAAACACGAAACCCUGGAGAUCCGAUCAGCAACAGCAGCAGCAGCAGCAACAGAUGGACCCAACGGGUGGACGUACAACUGUAUACGAAUCCCUCAAGGAGUGCACGAAGGAUUGCAAGGACGAGAAUGUAUCCAACGACAGAAAUUCACGAGAUCGCAACCAGACACGAAAUACAGACACAAUUGUUGAGGAUAACCGGUCAGAGAAUGGAAACAAAGUUAUCUCGUCUCACGAUCAACAUCACAGACUUGGUACCGGUUCAGAAAAGCCUUAUCCCACGGGGAACGUUCCAGUGAAUAUCGUGCGGAAGCGCAACAGUCUGACCGAGGAUCAACGGCCGCAACGUAAGCUGGAGAUCCGAAGAAAUUCCCGCGGGAAAGACCUAGCCGGUGCUCUGCCAUAUCAUCGUGACCGAUGGAAGAAGUUUCCUGAUAAAGAUCAGCAAAGAAAGAAUAGUGUCGUCACCUCGACUGAGAAAUUCGAAACGGCACUGACAGCGACGAAACCAUCGGUGGCUAUUCGAGCUAUCAACGUGUCCUUCGAAGACGAGCAUCGUGCCUCGUCCUCCAGUCCGGAUUCCGCUCGAGGGCGAGUCACAGUGAGUCACGCGGAAAAAUGCAACGGCGAUUCGGAGAGAGCAGAUGAGCACAACGCCCGAUCGACGAGUCCUGAUGAGCAACAAUUGCAACAACAGCAGGAAACGUUCGUGGCUAGUGGAAAGCUCGGUAACGAAGAUGUCAAGAAUCUGUCUCCUAUUGAGAAAUCGACGAAUAUCUCGAGCGUUGACCGCGCUGCCACCACGUUGCUCGUCGUCGAUGAAUCGGAGCGUAAAAUUGCGCCCAGCGACCAAGAGGACAGUAACGACAACGAUAGCGACAAUAAUAUCCACCGGCAGGACUGGCUGGAGGCGGGGGUUCGUUACUCUUCCACGCAGAUUACUUUGCAUGGAGAUGAUGGCGACGACACCGACACCGUCGACGUAGGUCAAGUCAAUGGUUAUGAUCAUCGCGAAGAGGAGAGAAUAACUGAUCUUGAUUUCAUCAGUAUUCAAGAAAGGAUUGCGAUGUCUUCCCUACAAGGAUUACCCCCGUUACCGAGAAGUUUGAGUGGCUUCAACCUGAGCGGUCGCGGCGAGAGCGGCGAGCCGCCUCCACCGCCCACGAGGUCGUCCAGUAAAUCCCAAAGAGGCAGCAAAACGUCGCUGCAAACAUCGUCAUCGAGGCCGUCUCCACCUGCCAGACAACUUACUACCUUGGAUACCCAACUGGCAGUGCUCAGGAGAGAAAUGUUUGGUCUGCGGCAGCUUGAUCUCUCGUUAUUGUCUCAAUUGUGGUCCUUGAACGAGUCGAUCCAGGAGUUCCGACAAUUGCUGCAGGAACAAGAGGAUCGAGCGCCUUCGCCGUCGCCCAGCAGCGAAGAGGGAGAAGAUAUAACUUACGGGGUGCAUCCGCCGCCGCCACCAAGAAGACCAGCACCCACGCUGCAUCAUCGACCGCCACGACCUCCCAGGCCACCCAGGCCAUCAGCCAGUGACGAGUCACCAUCGAGUGAGGAGUACGGGGCCGUUUGACGUAUCGUCACCGAGAGGAAGAAGUACUCAAAAAGGUCUCGGUCCUCUCAUCGCACCUAGAAUGGUGUUCCAGCGAGCGUCAGUAUCUCCGAAACACGAGAAAAAACCUCAGAGAUUUUCGUGAAAAUGAAAACUGCGACUAUCAAAAUCGGUGGUCAAGAUUCGCGCGUGCACGCGCAUCGUGAUAUUCGAUUACGAAUUGCUGAUUCCUAAGAAGUACCUGCAACGUCGCUUGCAGAACCAUUCGAGAUCGCGGUUCUUUAAUUUGUGACCGAAAUUGAUGAUUGAAUCGGUCGGCUAAAAGAUUAUUUCGCGAUAGAUUAGUCGUGGUCGCGCGUACGGUGCUAUCUGUGUAACUAUCUGGAGAAGUCCGCUUUUCCCGCAGGCUGUCGUUUAGAGAACUAUUCGACAUUAUCUGUGACCGCUAUUUCAGCACGGAAGGAUUGAUGAUCGAAUCAAAACUCGACGGUAGAAGACCGCAGUAAUUCAGUCACCAAUACGCGAAAGUUGUUUUACAUAUGCAAGAUAAUAAUCACUUCUCACAGAAUUUCUGCCCGGAGAAGAGCCUCGACUUGCCAAUUUGCAAUAAUGACAUUCCGCAUAUAUCGCGCUCUAAAAAAGGAAGGACUCGAUUGCCGCGAGUGAGAGAGCUGAUUUCAGCUCGGCGCGUCGCUCUCCUCUCUACUUGUGAUAACGCUCGAAGGGGCCUUUGAUUAAUGAUAAUCGCACCCAUUUGUGCGGAUUAAGAUUUCUCCGCGACUCCGCUCUGCCAUAGAGCAAUUGUAACAGAUCCGAGCCCAAAGCACCGCGAUUCUUUCGUGUUGUGAUCCAAGAAAAGACGUAAUUCUUUGGCAUCACCAGCCGAGAAGCAGUGACUGAUGAAAGAAUCAUAGAUGUUCUCUUCCAUGUUUUUUAAUACUGUUGCAUACCUGUCGCAAAACUUAUCCUCGUUGCUGCCGUCGGGUUAUCUGCGCAAUUAGAUCUGCCAUACACGCGAAGAGGAUGGACAAAUUUAAUAUCUUUUAAAAGCAAUAUUUAACAGAAUUUGUAAAUGUUUGAUUUCUAGACAUUACAGAUAUAUAAAACAAGCCUUAUAGAUAUAUAGUACCUUAUACCAAGUCUUCGCGUGUACGACAUUUUUGGGAAAAUGAAAUUGUCAAUGUUCCACGACGCCCUUUCGUGUAGAUUAAUACUGUGUAAAGAUAUGUAAGACUAUGUGCAAAAUA